AGGUUUACUACGUAGAACUACGUGUACCCACAGCCACAACCCUGGCGCACCACUCAGUUGUAGCUCUAGAAUCAGAAGAUAAUUCUCACAUCCCAAAAUUUUGAAAUUUGUGUCUCCUGACCUCGCUCCUGUGGUCUCCUCCUAGGAUAGAAUUUGAAUCGGAAGUGGUCGUAGUAGAAGUCCAACAAUUUAGAACAAUAGACGGGAAGAUAAAAUUAUUCGUCAAAAUGUUGUUCAGUAUCACGUCGCCGGAACUAGUACGAGCAGAACAGGCACAGUUAUUCAACAGGCCGGGAACAAGCAAAGUUGAUGUUCACGUUGCCGAGACCGCGAAGAUGAUGUCACCAGCAGGAGAACUUUCAACCUCUAUGGCGGGCAAAAAGAAAAGAAGUCUCCUGUUUGGUGCAAGAACUUCUUCUGUGUUUCUCACCGUCAGCGUUACGAAUCUGCGUCACGCGGGUGCGCUUUCUUUACAAAAGAAGAACCCAGGAGCACCUGUUACUACAAAAACCGGGAAGAUGAACAAGAAGAUGAAAAAAACUGUUCUUGUUGAUCAUCGUCCACCUCACCAGCAACACAAAGACGACAACGUCGCACAUUCAUCCAAGUUCCUGCCCUCUGCAACUCUUUCGACCGCGGCUUCCGCUCCGGCCUCUGGGGGUGGAGGCGCGCCGGCGCUUUCGGAACUCCAAUUGCAGGAGCACCUGCACCAACGCCGAACAUCAACCAGCACGACCGAAACCUCGACCACUACACUGGUUUACUACGAGCUUUUGAAAGACGAAGGACUUUUCGGGCGCCAGUGCCUCGAGACCAUCGCAAACUGGCGGUUUUUCACGUACGGCCUGAUUCCCCACACGGUACCAGCCGAUCCGGCCGCUUUCGCCGAGACCUGCACUGCUGAAGACUGCGAGGGCAAGUGCAAAAGUUCUUGCGCAGAAACAGACACCUGUGCCGCGUGGGAGUUCCUGACAACCGGUGAAGCCACCACGUCCCUCCUUGGCGGCUCCAACGAGGACCCGGCCAAGGUGGCGCACUGCCGGCACUUUGCUUACGCAGACAUCGAAGACAAAACCCACCUCCUGGUCUCCGUGCCCGUGUGGCAGCAGUACGGAGACGACGUUGAUGUCGAGAACGAGUUCGAGAAAAUUUCGGCCGCGAAUGCGAAACAGGGUGCGAGCGGCUUUUGCGUGCAGGAAGCGCGGGACUUGACAUUUGUAGAAGAAGAAAAAUGGAAUGCUAAAAGCUUUGACGUGAUUCGGCGCCGACUGACGACUGCGGACCUGGAGGAACACGCGGCGAAACGCGACGCGCGGCAGAACGCGUUGGAGCAGAGUUUGCGCCAGGAAUUUCCGGACUUGCCCGACGCCAACAUUACGGAGAAAAUCCAAACCGAUGGGCUGAACGAGUACGCGACCAGGAAACUGUUUCACAUUCCCUACGAAGGCUUCGUGAAUGACGGUGAAACCGCGUCCGCGGUUCCCUGUGACUACCGCCGGUUAAAGGACAAUUUUCAGGCCUGGAAGGAGAAAAGUGCUACGGAAGGGGUGAACGGCGCCGAGGUGCCGAGCAGUCCGGCUUUGGAUGAGUCGAGCUACGCGAUGCUCCUCAACGCCACCGCGGCUGACCUCGAACUGGCGCGCGCACGAGUUGAGGAUGACAAAACAACGCACUACUACGUGGAAAACUGCCCGUACUACAACCGUCUGAACCACUGCGGCGACGCGAAAACUGGCGCCGGGGGCGGCGGCUGGUUGAAAGAUUAUGGCCCGCGGGGCCACGACAACUUCGAGGUACGUCGAGACCCCGGACAAAAGUACAGUCCAUACAAAGACAUACGCACAGCCAUUCACGAACAUGUCAACGCGCAACACACAAACUGUUACGUGCAGUGCGAGUGCUCCCAGCAACCGCUCAAGGUUCGGGCCCCGCGCGCGCAGCGGGCAAAGGCGGACGACGGGACGGCUGAGGAGCAGCACACCUGCCUCGAGCCCCUCCCUGCUUCGCUGUUUUUCGAUCUGCAAGCGAGGAAGAAAGUGAAAGACGACGGCACGGUAGAGGUGGUGAGCGAUCCGGCCCCAGCAGCGUUGGGCACAUCUAUUGCGAUCCCCCCCGGCGCCCCGGUGCUGGUCUACCCGGGCGCCGCGGCCACCGCCGCUGGCAGCAGCCGCGCGGUCGCACGGUGGGAGGGCGAGCGUGCGUGCGAGAAGAGCUGCGACGACAGCGUGGACUGCGCCGCGUGGCAGUGGCGGCUGGACCGAGAUGCGGGGGAGGAGCUGCUCCCGGCUAACCCCCCUAACAGUGACGCGGCGACUUCCGAGCGCGAGCCCACGGGAACCUGCACGACGUACGACUUUACGGAAGUGGAGGAACUGUUUGUGUCCACAACGCUACUCUCCGUUUCCGAGAACCAGAUUGAAUUCCGGGCCGCCGUCACGAACGAGAAAAAGGUGCUCGAAAACUUUGGCCUCUUGCCCGAGGACUACGUUGCCACGCCGCUGAACGACCGCGUGACCGGGCAUUUGGGUGAUCACGCUGCCUACCAGGCCCGCCUUUUUCCUUCCCCGGCGAACGCGGAAACGAGCCGGGUGGCCCAGUCCUACUUUUUGACCCAACCCGGCGCGAAGUCUUGCAGCGAUUCGGGCCGAAUCGGGGGCAGGUCGUUGCCGCGCGACUGGCAGGGUCAAGAGACGGGUUGGUGGUAUGACCCCGUGGGCCCUUUGGUCGACUGGUCUGAGCGCGACGAAGCCAAGGUCGCGAGCACCGCCAAGGAGUGCGAGAAGGUCGGUAAGCUGUUCGCGGACCUCCUGCAAGGGGGGGCAGCAAAAAAUGAUCCCGCGGCCACGAACAGCAGCAAAAAUGUGACCAUCGCCGAGAAGGCCGAUGGCCUCAUGUGCCAGGAGGAAACCUUGGGGAAGGAGAUCCCGCUGUCUUGCUCGCUAAAAACCGCUACCACUGUUCCCAGUGACACACACGCUCCCUUUUCCGCUCACUACCGGCUCGGGGACACGCGCAGUUUGAUUGGGGCAGGCUUCGUGUUUGACUACGACGCACAGUACAAAGAUGUGGAAAAUUGUAUUUCGCCGGACUACCAGCUGAUCUGUCGUGCGGACCACGUGGAAACCACUCAGAAGCAGAUUGAUAUCCGGCAGAAAAAGUUUCUGCCCCUGCGGAGCACAACCUACUACAGCGCGACCGGGCGGUGCGUGAAGAACCGGUUCGCGGACUUACCGGAAACUAUCGUGGACCUGACCAAAGCCGAGGACACGAGCAAAUUUUUCUGCGACUACCGCCUCUCCCAGACCGCCGCGCGCGACCCGGACGCGGUGGGAAUUGCGAAUCUGUACUUCAGUCCCAAGGACGCGAAGAAGGACUUUUGUGCGUUCUUUGAGCGGACCCACCGCAUCGGCAGCAUCGGGAGCUACCUGCAAGAUAACGAGUUUUCUUUCAGUUCUUCCGCGGACGAACCUGAGAAGAAAAACGCGGCGAAAAAGCUUCGCGAGCUGCUCCAAAGCGACAGCAAAAUCAACGAGCCCGGGAUCGAGUACUACAAAAAGAACUGCGGCUGCGUUUCGGCGGCCACCUAUGUGGACGAACCCGCCAAGUACAAAUUUUUCGUUUCAGACUUGCCGCUCGCCGCGAAAGUGGCGCCGCUCAAGGACGCGGCGACCAGUGACCAGAUCUGUUUGUGCCGCAAUGGCGUCCCGCAGUACAGCGAAACGCUGGGGAAGUGCAUUUGUGAAAUGUGCGACGCGGGGUUCACCCUGACGGCAGAUCAGUCCGCGUGCAGUAUGGGAGGUGGUCUUGUGCACAACUUCCACUGCUUCACCUCAUUUGUCAUGCAAGAUUUUUUUACGAAUACUAACCCGACUGUUUCUUUGCCCAAUGGCACUCGCACUUCGUGUUGCAUGACAGGUUCCGGACCUGCCCCUGCCAAGAUAAAAGUACUACAGAUAUCCUGCUGCGUUGUAGACUUGUCAUGCAGAAGCUGAGCCGUCGCCUCCGGCAGCGCUUCUGUAACAAUGCCCUUCAUCGAAUGAGGCGGAGGGGAGGGGCAGUUGUGCACUCUCAUAGAUGGAACGCCCGUGGUUGUGGGGGGACACAGCAAUGGGACGAACGCAUCAAACACGACAGAAGAAGACGCAGGAAACGGAUCAUGCUGUUGAUUUGGCGGAGAAGAAGAUCCUGAAGAUGCGAGAAAAAAACUACAGAAGAGGAAAAAUCAAAAUGUAAUAAAUAAGGGGAGAUCUUCAACAUCUUCCUCCAGAUCGCUGCUAGUCCUAUAGAAAAAAUCCAACUUCUUGAUGUCAUGCUUGCGGCCCACGUAUGUAUCUGUAAAGCUAAAGCUCUAGUUUCUGUUUCUGCGAUGCGAAACGCCUGCAAAAGGCCCUCCAGACCGCAAGGCAUUGAGCCAUUUUUCGCCUGCUUUUUAAAUCCCUCUUGUCUUUGCGUUAAGUACCCUGUCGCGUGAGUCGUGUUUGCGCGAUUUUUGCGUUUCUUCAUUUUUUUUUGUUUCUUCCAGGGUCGCCCCCAGUGCCAUUAUACGUAAGUCCCCACCCCGGGGGAUCGUUGUCAUUCCAACGAACUCCUCUUGUACGUAUUUUUUUUCUUAUUCCGUUUUCUAUCUUAAGCAUAAGCAAUGGCCUUUCUACUUUUUCGACGAUGCCUUCCCACCUGUGCUUCACCUUCUUGCUUCUUUGGCGUCGGUUGCACCUACUUAUUUGUUUCUUUCAACACGCAUAUCUUUUCUUUCAAUGUUAAGUUAACAAGAGCAGUCACAGACAUCCGUGCAACAAUGUAACAGCCUCGGCGUAGGACCCCCCUUUUUACAAUCAUAAAGAUGAUGCGCCAUUAAUUAUUCACUUCCUUGUCCAGUUGACGCAUGGUCAGAUUGUAGCUGUCUGCUCAGCUCAGGCGUUCUCGUGUUCGGGGAUUGCCUCGCGGCCCGCUCCUGAUGUUGAAUCAACGGGAAGAAGUAGACUUCGUCCUCUUUGUUUUUCUUGUCAGGAAGCUAGUUUUUGAUCUUUUCGCGGCAACUGCAGGUUUGCGAAGCUGAAGAACUAUAAGUUUCACGGAGAGGACCACAACCACAUCAGUAGGAGGGCUACAGAAACAAAACGAAAGAACAGGAUGUCGUGCGUGAUAGCGAUGUUGGGGCGAUGAACAUGACUGAAUGCGCAUGGACCCCCACGACGAGUGGCAAAACUACAAAAGAUUCCGAUUGCAUCUCUCAAAAACUACUUAUUGAUUUACAUCCUUCCAUGAGCGGGGCCAUGAGGGAGGAAGCAAGGUAUGGACGAGCGCUUUUUAUCAG